AGAAUUUCCCCAUUUUUCAAGCAAGAUCCGUGAUUUUUCCGGGAUCAAUCUGAUAGGGAAAUCGUGAAAUUCGUUUGUGUGUUUUUUUUUUUUUGAUUAAUCGGAGAAAUGGACGAGUUUGGGGUUCUUACGGAGCGUUAUGGGAUUAAGCCACAAGGUAAAUCUGCUCCGAUGGCUGCUUCUAAGCGUAACCCUAACAACAAUGGUCAGAGCUGGAAUUUCGGUACAGGCUCUGGUUUAAAUGCAAAGUCGACGUCUUUUUCUUCGAAUAGCUCUUGGAAUAAGGAAUCUAGUAAUGGGUCUUUGUAUGAUGGUGACGACAUUUUCUUUCCGGCCAACUCUACUAAUAGGAACGGUUCGAAUGAUUUUGAUGUUUUUUCUGGGUUGAAAAAAUCAUCAUCUUCCGGUGAUAAUAGCAAGUCGUCUUUGAACGAUGAUUUGUUGUUUUCUAAUUUUGGGAAUUUGGGAAAGAAAACUUCUGAUAAUGAUGAUUUGUUUGGUGGUGUUAUGCCUGGGUCUAAAAUCUCCGCUAGUGUUAAGAAUGAUGAUUUGUUUGGGUCAUUCUCUUCAUCGGAAAAGCAAUAUGCUGCUGCGGUCGAUGAUUUGUUGGGUUUGGGGAAGAAUGAAGCUGGUUAUGAUGGAUUGAUACCUGGUUUUGGUGGAAGUUCUCAGACGACUAUCAGCAAGACUACUCAAUCGAACUUUGAUGCUACUGAUCCUUUUGUGGUCUUAGAAUCAACCACUUCUACUGGUCUGUUCGUGGAUCCACUUGAAGAAUUUGCUGCUUCAGUCAGUUCUCAGGGGAAAAAACCAUCAAAUACUUCACAUACUUCUACAAAACUCAAGCCUCCGCCUAAACCAACACAAAAAGUGAACAGAGGUAAGAGUCCAGAAAUGUCUUCAAUAGACGAACUUGAAGACUUUGCCAUGGGUACUAUGCGACGUAGUGCCUCUGCUUCUGACACUGCUAGUAAAUAUAGAGAAGCUGAAGAUGCUGGAACAAAGAAUAAACAGUUUGGUGUAGAUGACCUUGACUCCUUUUUUAGUGCUGGACCAAGGUCUAGCAGUGUACCGAAAUCACGUACCACAACUGAAACAACUCGCAAGCAAGCGUCCAACACGCCAAAAAAGACGCCUAAUGGGGUUUCUAAUGCAAAGAAGCCUCCUGCUCCAGCAAAUCUGGUGGAUGACUUUUCUGCACUCUUUGGAGAGGAUCCUAUAUUUAGACAAUUUGAGGAAAUCCCAGGGGAAAGCGAAGAACGAAGAAAGGCCAGAUGGGAUCGUGAACAGAGAACAAAGAGUCGUGUGGCACAAGCUGUAGCUGAUAUGAAUAACCGUGAUCAUCAAUCUCGGGUUGAACAAGAACAGAGAACUAGGAUUUCUGAGACUGUUGAUGCUGAGAUAAGGCGUUGGGCAACUGGUAAAGAAGGAAACAUGCGUGCGCUGUUAUCUUCCUUGCAAAUCGUACUCUGGCCCGGAUGUGGUUGGGAGACUGUUUCUCUAACAGAUUUGAUCACUUCGUCAGCAGUCAAGAAAGUCUAUAGAAAGGCAACGCUGUAUGUCCAUCCCGAUAAAGUUCAGCAGAAAGGAGCGACCCUUGAACAAAAGUAUAUUGCCGAAAAGGUUUUUGACAUUUUGAAGGAAGCUUGGAACAAGUUCAACAAGGAGGAGCUCUCUUAAGCCCAUAUGCUGUGGAUAUAGUUGCUUUCUGUACAACUAUAAUUCGUCUGUGAGUUUCCUCGAGUUUUUUCUUGUUUUUAAUCUUCUUGUCUCUGAUUUUUCCUUUGACAGUAACUUGUCAUCUCUCUGUACACCCAACAACAACAAAAAUCCAUGGGGGAUAUUGUAUAGCCCCAAAAACCGAAAUAGAGUUUCUUUUUAUAAGAUAUAUAUUGAAUGUUUUUAUUAUAAUAGCUUAUAACGUAGAGAUGAUUCACUGGUGUUAGUUUCAUUCCCAUGGAAUGACAAAAUGCUUUUGUUGGUAUCUUUUAUGAAUAUGUAAUAUGUUUUUUUUCAUAAUUAUCUUCGUAGCUCGAUAAAUUUGGGGUUGUAACUCCGGUUUAAGCAAAGUUCUACACUUUAAUAAAUAUUGACUUCGUUA